AUGAGCCACAACAGGCAAUAUCAAGUUACGCCUGGAAGCCCCGACAAAGUCAGGAGCCACGCCUGGAAGCCCCGACAAAGUCAGGAGCCACGCCUGGAAGCCCCGACAAAGUCAGGAGCCACGCCUGGAAGCCCCGACAAAGUCAGGAGCCACGCCUGGAAGCCCCGACAAAGUCAGGAGCCACGCCUGGAAGCCCCGACAAAGUCAGGAGCCACGCCUGGAAGCCCCGACAAAGUCAGGAGCCACGCCUGGAAGCCCCGACAAAGUCAGGAGCCACGCCUGGAAGCCCCGACAAAGUCAGGAGCCACGCCUGGAAGCCCCGACAAAGUCAGGAGCCACGCCUGGAAGCCCCGACAAAGUCAGGAGCCACGCCUGGAAGCCCCGACAAAGUCAGGAGCCACGCCUGGAAGCCCCGACAAAGUCAGGAGCCACGCCUGGAAGCCCCGACAAAGUCAGGAGCCACGCCUGGAAGCCCCGACAAAGUCAGGAGCCACGCCUGAAAGCCCCGACAAAGUCAGGAGCCACGCCUGGAAGCUCCAACAAAGUCAGGAGCCACGCCUGGAAGCCCCGACAAAGUCAGGAGCCACGCCUGGAAGCCCCGACAAAGUCAGGAGCCACGCCUGGAAGCCCCGACAAAGUCAGGAGCCACGCCUGGAAGCCCCGACAAAGUCAGGAGCCUCGCCUGGAAGCCCCGACAAAGUCAGGAGCCACGCCUGGAAGCCCCGACAAAGUCAGGAGCCACGCCUGGAAGCCCCGACAAAGUCAGGAGCCACGCCUGGAAGCCCCGACAAAGUCAGGAGCCACGCCUGGAAGCCCCGACAAAGUCAGGAGCCACGCCUGGAAGCCCCGACAAAGUCAGGAGCCACGCCUGAAAGCCCCGACAAAGUCAGGAGCCACGCCUGGAAGCUCCAACAAAGUCAGGAGCCACGCCUGGAAGCCCCGACAAAGUCAGGAGCCACGCCUGGAAGCCCCGACAAAGUCAGGAGCCACGCCUGGAAGCCCCGACAAAGUCAGGAGCCUCGCCUGGAAGCCCCGACAAAGUCAGGAGCCACGCCUGGAAGCCCCGACAAAGUCAGGAGCCACGCCUGGAAGCCCCGACAAAGUCAGGAGCCACGCCUGGAAGCCCCGACAAAGUCAGGAGCCACGCCUGGAAGCCAACAUACGAGUAAUAAAUACUCAUCCAUGGCUUAA